AUGGGACAGGGAAAGUUUGACCACCUUCCGCUUGCCGCCAAAGGUCCGCUCAAAGUACCUCUCUACGGCCGCGUGCUUCUGGACAAUCCCUUCUACAACAAGGGAACAUGCUUCACGUCCCAGGAGCGUCUGGAUUUUGGCCUCAAGGGUCUCCUCCCCACCAAUAUCCAGAAACUCGAUGAACAGGUUAUGCGAGCCUAUCAACAGUACUGCAAUCAGCCAGAUGACCUUUCCAAGAACACCUUCAUGACCUCGAUGGCCGAGCAGAAUACCGUGCUCUACUACCGUCUCAUUCAAGAUCACCUGCGGGAAAUGUUCAGUAUCAUCUACACUCCAACCGAAGGUGAUGCAAUCGAGAAUUACUCGCGAGUCUUUCGCAGGCCGGAUGGCUGUUUUCUGAGUAUCAAGCAUCCGGACGAGGUGGAGGAGCGACUGAGUAAGUUUGUUAGAAAGAACGAGCCCGACGGCGGGGUCGACUACAUCGUUGUCAGUGACGGGGAAGAGAUCCUAGGAAUCGGCGAUCAAGGAGUUGGAGGUAUCCUGAUCAGCGUGGCCAAGUUGGCUCUGAUGACCAUCUGUAGUGGGCUGCAUCCGGACCGUACCCUCCCCGUCGUGCUCGAUACGGGAACGGACAACGAGAACCUUUUGAAUGACAACCUCUAUCUUGGUCACCGCUUCAGACGCGUUCGAGGCCAACAAUACGACGAUUUCUGUGAUCAAUUCAUUCGCACAGCCAGAAAGCUCUAUCCGAAGGCUUAUAUCCAUUUUGAAGACUUUGGUCUUCCUAACGCCAGAAGGUUGCUGGACAAAUAUCGCAGCGAGUUCCCUGUCUUCAAUGACGAUAUCCAAGGGACCGGGUGCGUGACUCUGGCGGCUAUCAUGGCCGGCUUACAUAUCAACGGGGUGAAGAUGUCGGACUUGCGAGUGGUUAUUUUCGGAGCUGGGACUGCUGGGUGCGGAAUCGCUGAGCAGAUCCAAGCGGCCAUCGCCACUCAAUCCGAGAAGAGCAAGGAAGAUGUUGCGAACCAGAUAUGGUAG